AUGUUGUAAGCGAAGUAAAUUGAGAAUUUCUAAAAAAAGAAUUGCAUCAAAGAGAAUAAAGAAAAGAUUGCCUGUAGAAUAGAAUUUCUCAAACUUGUAUUAUGUGAUAACAAGACUAUAAGAGCCUCUGCUUAAAUUUGUAAGAUUAACUUUUCGACCGCUAAAGCAAUUUUAAACAAAUUCAGAAAACAAGGAAUUAUCAAACAAUCUCUUAAAGGUAUAUAUAUUUUCAAUCAACUUUAGAUUAUGAUAGACAAAUUGAUUUGCUAAAAUAGAUUGUUUAAAUUCAAAAAGGUAUCAAAAGCGAGCAAAUCUCCAGAGAUUAGGAAUUCAAAUAAAAGCUAAACCGAUAAUUAUAGCACUUCCUGUAGCACAUCUAAUCUUAAAAAGAGGAUGUAAAUUAAAUAAUGGAUCAAAAAGUACUUGAAGAAGAACUUAGGUAGGAAAAAUAAAAAGAAUAUAGCUUAGUUGAGUAAAUUUUAGAAUAGCAAAUAACUUUGAUGAAGAAAAUAUGUCAUUGA